UCAGUCAACUUCUCGCCGAGGCCGUAGGCAGUCGGACGUGCUCACCAAGUUUUGUGUUCCGUGCGUAGCGAGAUUGUGAUUUGUUCUGUGUGUUUCCAGACCACAUUGUUACGGAAAUAAACGGCCUAAGUCUGUAAGGCCCGUGAUUUCAUGGCAACGGUCAAAGCACCUGCAACUUGUGGGUGGGUUGGUAACACUUCCAGCUCCACAGUGAUUUCCUCAGCGUCAUGCCGCCGGGGUGGCCGCCAUCCCAAAAUUGGUGAAAUUCCAAAACGAUCUGCCGUAGAAGAGGAGUUGCCCGUAGUUGAUCAAGCCACGUAUCAAAAUGCGGCAGCUGCCAACAGCGGCGAGAGACUCGCGCCAGAAACCCCUGAGCAAGGGCUGGUGUCGGCGGCCGCUAGCAUGUCCUUGGGCCCAGCCCAGGGUCCACAGAGGCCCAUCUACCCCAACGUUCCCUUCUCGCCUUACUCUUCACCCAGGUCAGCCCGUCGUCGGACUCCACUCAAAGAAAGUCGAAGAGUCAGCAUUGACAAGUCCGGUAGCUUCCUUCAACUCAACCAGUACAGGCUCAUGGACUCCAUCGGGCAGGGCUCGUUCAGUCUUGUGAAACUUGCCUACAACGAAGAAGACGACACUCACUACGCCAUGAAAAUUUUAUCCAAAAAGAAGUUGAUGAAGAAAGCCGGUAUUUUUGGAAGGAAUGCCCCAAACCGAAAAGGAACUAGUCCUUUAGAUCGGGUAUACAGGGAGAUUGCUGUCCUUAAAAAGCUGGAUCAUCCAAAUGUCGUAAAACUGAUUGAAGUUUUGGACGACCCUUCAGAAGACCAUUUGUAUCUAGUUUUUGAGUUGCUCGAGAGGGGGGAAGUGCUACAGCUACCCAAUGAAAAUCCACUUUCUGAAUCCCAAGCUUGGGGAUACUUCAGGGACACAAUUUUGGGACUUGAAUACUUACAUUUCCAACGGAUCGUACAUCGUGACAUUAAACCUGCAAACCUGCUGCUUGGGGAAGAUGGCCAUGUACAGAUCGCUGAUCUCGGUGUCUGCAACGAAUUCUCUGGUCCAGACGCAACCCUGAGUAACACCGCCGGAACUCCUGCCUUCACAGCUCCUGAAGCUAUCUCCGACAGCAAUUUCAGUGGGAAGGCCUCAGAUAUUUGGUCUCUAGGAGUAACCCUGUUUUCAUUUGUCUACGGAAACGUUCCCUGGGUCGCUGAAACGAUCCCAGCGCUUUAUAGCAAGAUUCAGACUGAGCCUCUAGUAUUUCCACCAAAGCCAACGAUUUCACCCAACCUUAGAGAUCUUAUUGUCAAAAUGCUAAAGAAAGACCCCAACGAGAGAAUAACCCUGCAAGAAAUUAAGGAACAUCCAUGGGUAACAAGGCAUGGUGCAGUUCCCCUUCCAACAGAGGCUGAGAACUGUCAACUUGUUGAAAUUACAGAGGAAGACGUCCGCAAAGUCGUUACGUCCAUUCCAAAACUGGAUACUCUCAUCUUAAUCAAGACAAUGCUCAAGAAACAUUCAUUUCAGAAUCCAUUUUUGGGUGACUCCAUUGUUCGAAAGUUCCAGAAGAAUGGAAGAUCCCAUUCAGCUCCUGGAUCUUAUGAGUGGCAAAACAACAGGGGGUUGUCGGCUGAGAGUUCACUGACUGCAGUAACAGAAGUCUUGGGCCCUGAGAGUCAGUCGUUGGACCGAGCGUAGUCAACACUCGCCAUCUCUCGAUCCCACCGUAUACAAUCAAAACCAAAUCCUAACAAAGCUUCAUAAUAGAUUUUUCACGAUUGUUGUUUUUGAUAUUUUAACGACUUAAUUUAAUUGUGUGGGACCAAAUCAUUCACUUUUAGCACUUUGAUGAACUAAUGUUUCUGUGUUAUAGGUCUACCUAUUUGCCUUAACUUAAUAGUCUGUAAUUGUAUAGAUUUGUUCGAUAUUUUCGUGUUUAAUGGUGGUAAAACUCGAGCGCACUUAAUAUGUGAUUACGUUUUUAACUUUUGGUGGUUAUCUUAGCUUCAAUUGUCGUUUGUGUGUUUAAAUAAACAUUUGAGUGUGUGAGUGUACGUUUUUAUUGUUAAAGAUGUUGUUUUUUAAGGAGCUGCCUGUACAAUAAUCUUUACUGUGAUAAAUUAACUUUUGUUUUUGUUAGUUAACGAAAGACAUUGAUAUGCCUUUGGUAGGUUGUUUUGUUGGGCACAUUUUUAGUAUUUUUGAAGCAAAACAAAACUCAAUGGUCAAACCUUCUCGGAUCAAUGCCAGAUGUUAUCUGUUACUCAUCUUAUUCAAAGUUCCAGUUAUAUAUAUCCUGACUGAAACAAAUAUAUGAGGAAUAUUUGAAUCCGAUGAGUCAACAGUUCUUGGAGAGUUAGCUUAAUUCUGAAUGUCAAUGAUGAAUAAACCCUGAAAAUUAAGCUCAACUUGAUGUCUUCGAUAUAUACUCAAUGUUUGAUAAUUAGACUCAGAAUUACAAUUAAUUAUCAUAAAUACUUUAAAAAUUGUAGCUUUAGAUUUUGAUAAUAUUUAGGAAAUGUAUUUAAAUGAUUGCCACUAUGGUUUAGAAUAUAAUAUUUAUUUAUUUUUAAAUCAGUGAUAUCAAUUCAGUAAAGCAGUGCAAUAUUUAUGGGUAUGGGGAAACUUCUAAACAAACUUCUCACAAAAAAAUCAUAUGAUUUUAUUUAAGAUUUUGCAAAUUAAUAUGACAACUUUAUUUAUUUCAUUAGACAAGCUCAUUUCCACAUCAUUUUAGAGAUCGAACUCAUUGAACUUAUAUUCAAGUUGUUCGUAUUUGUUUGUGUCUAAUGAGCUACCAUACUUAAAAAGUGUUUAAUAAAAUAAGGACCCAAUUUUUGCAUCAUUCCCUUUUUUUAAGAAUUACUGAAAAAUAAUACCACUUUUGAGGGGAACAGUAAUUUAUUAAUUAUCAUUUGAAGUUUUAGGUGAAAAGGGGUACAGUACUUAAUAAACAGUGGUUCUAAGAAUGCCUUCUUGAACUUAUUUUUGUAGGUUACACGAUAACAUUUUAUAUUUUACAGCGACAACAGGUCAUGGUCAUCAAAAUAACAAAUAAUUUGGUAUGCUAUAGGCAAUUUCAGUUUUAUCAUAGAUCUUACGGGGAAAACAAUUCCAAGGGUUCUGAUUUUAGAGAGAAAAAGAAAGUGCUUCUUUGUCAAGUGUUCCUGAAGGGUCAAGCAGCGUCCUGAAAAACAAAUUCUGAAACUAUGUACUGUAAUGUCCCAAUCAUUGACUGUUUUAUAGUUGUACUUCUUUAACUUUUAAAUAAUCUAUUAGCUCUCGCACAAAAUACAUGUUUGAAUCUUAGAUGUAGAUUUUUAAUAAUAAUUCUUACCACGCACUUAGCCAGUUUUAUAUUUCAUCAAUCUUGAUAUAAUUAGGAUUAGAAUUUUCCAAUUUUGACAUCAAUAUUGUAAUUUUUAAAUAUUUCCAACUAUACAUUUUUAAGCGAUUUACUUACUAUUCCAUUCUGAACGUAACACAGUGGUUGUUUGUAAGAGUUACACUUAAUUUAUAUUUAUAUGUGAUUUAAUUGUUUUUAUCUAAAAAUAUAUGUAUCAAGUGUUAUUCUAUCUGGGGUUUUACGAACUACAAUCGUUUUGGGUGGUUUAUUUUACAAAUGAAUUAAGUUUGCAGAAAUGUUUGGCACUGAGUAAAUAAAGAAGGUAUUUAAUUAAU